UGGGGCCGCCUGCCUGACAACCAGGCUGCCCGGCUCUCUUGAAUUACUGGGGGCCUGGACUAGAGGAGUGGGAGAUGCGGCCCAUUACAUGAGCUGGAUCGCGUACACACAGUGGCUUACUUGCCAGCUCCUGUAUGCUGGAGACAGGCUGCCCUAGCUCAAAGCGUGCAAGUGUUUGGAGUUUUACAAAGAGCACUGUCCCUCCACACAGCGCACGCAACAAAGGACAUGGACAACCUUUUUCAGUUGGUGAGGAACAUUGUGCCUGCUCUGACGUCGAAGAAACACAAGGGGCAAGAUGGAAGGAUAGGCAUAGUCGGGGGCUGUCAAGAGUACACAGGAGCACCGUAUUUUGCAGGAAUCUCAGCUCUGAAAGUGGGUGCAGAUUUGACCCACGUAUUCUGUGCCAGGGAGGCCGCGCCAGUGAUCAAGUCCUACAGCCCAGAGCUGAUCGUCCACCCCGUCCUUGACAGUUCUGACGCUGUUGAGGAGGUGGAGAAAUGGCUCCCCAGGCUGCAUGCCCUUGUCGUGGGACCUGGCCUAGGUAGGGACGACCUUCUUCUCAACAACGUGAGGGGCAUCUUGGAAUCAACCAAGGCCAGGGACAUCCCUGUCGUCAUUGACGCGGACGGCCUGUGGCUGAUUGCUCAGCGGCCAGCCCUCGUCCACGGCUACCAGAAGGCCGUUCUCACCCCCAACCAUGUGGAGUUCAGCAGACUCUGGGACGCUGUGCUCAGUAGUCCUAUGGACACCAGUAAUCACAGUGGAUCUGUGUUGAAGCUCAGCCAGGCCCUGGGGAACAUCACCAUAGUCCAGAAAGGAGAGCAGGACCUGAUCUCCAACGGCCAGCAGGUGCUUGUGUGCAACCAGGAAGGCAGCAGUCGCCGGUGUGGUGGGCAAGGAGAUCUCCUGUCAGGCUCCCUGGGUGUCAUGGCACACUGGGCCCUCCGUGCUGGACCAGAGAAAACCAACGGCUCCAGCCCGCUCCUGGUGGCUGCCUGGGGUGCGUGCACACUCACAAGGGAGUGUAACCAUCUGGCCUUCCAGAAGUACGGGCGUUCCACAACCACUACCGACAUGAUCGCUGAGGUGGGAGCUGCCUUCAGCAAGCUCUUCACGACCUGAGCCGGCACAGACUGAGUCCUCCAUCGCCUAGCCUUGGGCUCAGCAGCACUUGAUGGAUUUUAGCCUGAAGUAGCUGACAGGAUUUAGGACGUGGCUGUCCGACUACUGUAGAGUUGAGAUGUUAAGGACACUAAUCUGGUCUCCGUGGUUUUCUGGGCUUCUCAGAAAAGUCUGAGGAGAAAAUGAGAGUAAACCCUCCCAGCAGCCCACCUGGAUUGGGCUGGCUCUGACACAGACA